ACGUGACGGCGGUGCAGGUGAGCAGCACUUCCGGGGGCGGGCACUAGCAUCGGGGCUCCCGGCUCGGGCUCGGGCUCGGGCUCCGGCGGGUUCGCAGGGGUCGGGCUAUGGCGUCCUCCUCCUCCUCCUCGUCGGCCACCGUACCGGCGCCGUCGGCGGCGUCAGCGGGCCCCGGGCCGGGUUUCGGCUUCGCCUCUAAGACCAAGAAGAAGCAUUUCGUGCAGCAGAAGGUGAAGGUGUUCCGGGCCGCUGACCCGCUCGUGGGCGUGUUCCUGUGGGGCGUCGCCCACUCGAUUAAUGAGCUUAGCCAGGUCCCACCCCCUGUAAUGCUGCUUCCUGAUGACUUUAAGGCUAGCUCCAAGAUCAAGGUCAACAAUCACCUCUUCCACAGGGAGAACCUGCCUAGUCACUUCAAGUUCAAGGAGUAUUGUCCCCAGGUCUUCAGGAACCUUCGAGACCGAUUUGGCAUUGAUGACCAAGAUUACCAGGUUUCUCUUACCCGAAGUCCCCCAAGUGAGAGUGAAGGCAGUGAUGGUAGAUUCCUUGUCUCCUAUGAUCGGACUCUGGUCAUCAAAGAGGUUUCUAGUGAGGACAUUGCUGAUAUGCAUAGCAACCUCUCCAACUACCACCAGUAUAUAGUCAAGUGCCAUGGAAACACACUGCUUCCCCAGUUCCUGGGAAUGUACCGGGUGAGCGUAGAUAAUGAGGACAGUUACAUGCUUGUUAUGCGCAACAUGUUCAGCCACAGGCUCCCUGUGCACAGGAAGUAUGACCUCAAGGGUUCCCUGGUAUCUCGGGAAGCCAGUGAUAAGGAAAAGGUUAAAGAAUUGCCCACUCUGAAGGAUAUGGACUUUCUCAACAAGAACCAGAAAGUUUAUAUUGGUGAGGAAGAGAAGAGAAUAUUUUUGGAAAAGCUAAAGAGAGAUGUGGAGUUUCUAGUACAGCUGAAGAUUAUGGACUAUAGCCUCCUCCUGGGGAUCCAUGACAUCGUUCGAGGAACAGAGUCAGAGGAAGAAGGACCUGGAAGAGAAGAGGAACCCGAAGGGGAAAUGGACUGUGGCAUGGCAGGGCCUCCAGCUCUGGUUGGUUCCUGUGGCACAUCUCCUGAGGGAAUUGGAGGCUAUAUCCAUGCUCACCGACCCUUAGGCCCUGGCGAGUUUGAAUCCUUCAUUGACGUCUAUGCCAUCCGAAGUGCAGAAGGGGCCCCCCAGAAGGAGGUAUAUUUCAUGGGCCUAAUUGACAUCCUGACCCAGUACGAUGCUAAGAAGAAGGCAGCUCAUGCAGCAAAGACUGUCAAGCAUGGAGCUGGUGCAGAAAUCUCGACUGUCCAUCCUGAUCAAUAUGCCAAGCGGUUCCUAGAUUUCAUCACCAACAUCUUUGCAUAGGAGACUGUGUGGCCCUCUGGAACUCCUCCUUGGGUUGGGUGGGGGAGGAAGGAGUGACAGAUGUAGGGGGAAGACUGGAGGAGUUAGGGUUGUCCUUUUCCUUAACUAAGUCCAGGUUGCCUCUUCCCCACUCCCAGAGUGAUGUCCUCUUUGCUUCUUGUCCUAACCCUGCCUCCCCUUCCCUCCCUACCAGUCAACUUCAUUAGCAUUUUACUGAGGAUUUUUUUCUUUCCCAAGUGCCUUGAUCUUUGUAAAAUGUCAUGUUAUUUUUAUAAAAUAGGAGGGGCUGGAUUGCUUGGGGUUGGAGGGAGGGGUGUCUUCUGACCCUGGCAGGACCAAUGACUGGCUCUGCAGCUUGAGUCAGGGAUGGCUUGAACUUUGCAGUUGACUUUAUUGGAGGCAUGGAGGCUCGAUCUUCACUCUUCCAGCAUUCCCUCACAUACUUGGGGGAGAUGUAGAUGCACGAGUUGGUGGAGCCAGUUCUACUUGUUGAAGUAGAGGGAUGUUCAGAAGACACAGCAGGCUGGCUUCUCACUGGGAUGGGGGUUUAGGGGGAUUGUAUGACUUUGUCAGGGACUUCAAAUGGCCCCCAGCCCCUUCCCCAGGGUCUGGGACCACCAAAGUCUCAAAGCAUCCUCACUGUCUGGGCCCAAGUGGGAGUUUUUGCUUGGUUGUGGCUGCUGGUUACCAGAGCCUCUGUCUCUUCCUGGUAUUGGGACCCUUUCAAUCAGGUAUUUUGGUGGCUGAUCCUGGAGCCUGGGGUGAAGAAAGUUCUGAAGCUAAAAGCUCACGCUAUUUAAUAUUACUUUCUCCUUAUCUAGUUAUUCCUGGAUAUUGUUCCAGGGGCGGGGGAGUUCUUCAACCUGGACCAAACCUAGUUCUCUUUUGGGUGCAUCGAACCCAGGACCAUUCCUUCUAUCUCUCUCUAGCUCUGUCUAUAGCCUACCCCCAUUCAACCUGUCUUGUGCUGCUGUUAUAUCUACAAGAAAUAGGUGGCAUUGUCAUCCCUAUUCCUUACCUCCUGAGAGGAAUUAGCCAUAACUGCCCUUGCCCAAGUCCUCUAGGGGUAGUAGACCUGCCUGGAGUUUGAGGGGCAUCAGGGAAGCCUAGGUGACAAUCACUCCUUUCAGAUUUCUCCAGGGUCCCUGAUGCCCCAGGUUCCGAGUCAGGGCAGUACUUCCUGUGUGGUUAGGUUGUUCUGUCAAUAAAUAGUAGCUCUGUGAGUAUAUUCCCCACCUACUCCUUUAGGAGGAAGAAACUGAAGAAUAAUGUGUGUGUGAGUGUGUGUGGGGGUCUGAUCUGACCCUUCCUCUUCCUCUGCCUCCCUCCAGGGGCCUGAUGGAACUUACUCCUCCCUUCCCUCUUUACCCUAUCUAAAUGCAAUAAAACUUAGGACACCAGCAACUGCCUUUCUCUAGAAAUUGGUUUUCUGCCAUAGCUGAUGCAUCGGGCAGUGUGGGCGUCUUCAUUUGUUGCAGUUCCUUCCCACACCUUUUUUGUAAAAAAAAAAAAAGAAUCUUGCAUAUUCCUAUUCUUGCUGUCUCGAUAUAGAAAUAAAUUAUUAAACCUAAA